AUGGCUUCCAUCUACCACCUCAACAAUCCCCAUGUUUGGGGUCCUCCAACCACCGGUCUUGAAGAUCACCCUUUCUUUGCGCGUGGAGGUCAUCACCAUGGCCCACACGCUCACCAUGGACCACCCGGUCCCCCUGGUCCUCCUCCUCACUUCUGGGGAUAUGGAGGCCCCCCUCACCACGGCCACCAUGGCCACCACGGUCCUCCCCAGUUCUGGGGCUGGGGAGGUCCCGGCGAACAUGGCCCUCGUGGCCGUCAUCACCACCACCGCCGCGGCGAGUGGGAGCACCCCGAGAACGAUGAUGUCGAGGCAUCCGCAGAGGAGAACGCAGAGGCGACUGCAUCCACAGAGAAGAUUCCCGAGACCCAGGAUAAAGAGGUGAACUCCUCUUCUGAAUCCGAAUCCGACGAGCCCCGCUGCCGCAAAGACAAACACAAGGGCGGCAAGGGUCGUCACGGCGACCACGUUCGCGGAUUUGGUAAAGGCGGACGCGGAGGUAAGGGCUGCAAGGGCCGCCACGGACAUGGACCUGGCCACAAGGGUGGUCCUGGUUUUGGUGCUUUCGGUGGUCGUGGACAUCACCACGGUCCUUAUGGAGGCCCUGGCCCAUUCGGCCCAUUUGGAGGCCCAGGUCAUUUUGGUGGUCCCGGUCACUUUGGAGGCCACGGCCCCUACGGUCCCCCUCACCACCACGCACACCCCAUGUUCGGCUUCGGCGGUCCGAUGGGCGGAAAGGGCCACAAGGGCCACAAGGGACACAAAGGUCCCAAAGGAGGACCUCGAGGCCGUGGGAUGCACCACGGUGGACCCGAUAAGGACUUCAUGCGCCAAAUGAGCGCACUCUUUGGAUUUCCUCUCGUACAGAACGACGUUGAUUUCCAGCCAUCCGUUGAUGUCUUUGAUACCCCAGCCAACUACAUUUUGCACGUCUCUCUGCCUGGUGCGAAGAAGAGCGACCUGAACGUCGACUACGACGCUGAAGAGUCCGUCCUGCGUCUGACCGGUAUUAUCCACCGACCCGGCAUGGAUGAGAAUCUACACCAAGGCCUUGUGAUGAAUGAGCGAGCCCGCGAGGUGGGUGUUUUCGAGCGCGAGAUUCGUCUUGGUACGCGCCACGUUCCGGCUCCCGUUGUUGUUGAUGGCAUCGUCGCCAAGCUCGAGGAUGGUAUUUUGAACGUGACUGUCCCGAAAAUUGAACCCGAGUCAAAGAAGGUUCUUGUUGAAGAUGGCGACGUGCAGGAGAAAGAUGCUAUGAUGAUGGAUGAGCAUGUGAGCCGGACAGUCACUCCCGGGGAGUCGGAGGACAGCGAGUCCGAGGAAGAAGCACGCGAGUACGUCAAGAUUGCUGUGCAGUAG